CCCAGCAGGUCUCACCUGAGUUCCUUUCCGGGCUCUCAACUGAGUUGACGCUGAGUCUCAGGCCUCUGUCCUCCAUCUUUUUUUUAGGGGGGGUCCCUCACUUCCUCUUUUGAGGAAGCUACAGCCUGGGUGCUCCAUUCCUAGAGACUGCCCCCCCCACCAGAGCCAGGGAAAACUGGAAGAGACGCCUGUUAGAGGAGGUACAAGACCAGGAAGCCAAGGCUGGAGGAGGGAACUACCAGCAAUGAGUGGCGAGCUGGCUGGACUCUGACCUGCUGGGCUGGAACGGGACAGAGGGCCCAGGGCUGCUGAGCCUACUUUGUGUCAGUGUCCUGGGACCACCCAAGGAUGCCUCCCUGGCUUCUUGUCAUCUCUACCCUGGUUCUCCUAGUAUGGGGUGAUUCCUCCUGGGAAAAAACACAAACUAAACAGAUAUCAGACGGGCUGCAGCAACUGCUUGGCAACAUCUCCCAGCUCCUGGAGGAAGGGAAAGUACGCCGUGAUGACGUCUUCGUCAUGGUCUCUCGUAAGAAAUGGGGGGCAAGAGCAAGGGGCUGCAGCUCUAAGCUGAGCAGGCCAGCGGAUGUCCUUGUUGUGCACCAUGUCCCUGGGCUAGAGUGCCACAACCAGACCGCCUGUACUCGGAAACUUCAGGAACUUCAGGCCUAUCACAUCCACAACAGCUGGUGUGAUGUGGCCUACAACUUCCUGGUUGGGGAUGACGGCAGAGUGUAUGAAGGCGUCGGCUGGAAUGUCCAAGGAUCACAUGACCAAGGCUUCAACAACAUCUCCUUAGGCAUUGCCUUUUUCGGUGCCCAGGAAGGCCACAGUCCCAGCCCUGUUGCUCUCUCAGCUCUGAAGGGCCUGAUUUCCCACGCUGUGAAGAAGGGCCACUUGUCACCCAGGUACACCCAGCCACUUCUUGUGAAAAGCGAAAACUGCCUGGCCCCUCCACAGAAGGGGAGACAGAAGAAAGCAGGUUGCCCUCACAUUGUUCCACGGUCUGCUUGGGGCGCAAGGGAGGCGCACUGCUCCAAGUUGGCUCUCCCUGCAAAGUAUGUCAUCAUCCUUCACUCCGCUGGCAGAACCUGCAGUCAGCCGGAUGAGUGCCGCCUGCUGGUCCGAGAUCUCCAGUCCUUCUUCCUGGACAGGCUAAACACGUGUGACAUUGGGUAUAACUUCCUCGUGGGCCAGGAUGGUGGUGUUUAUGAAGGAGUGGGCUGGAAUAGUCAAGGCUCCCGCACGGAGGGCUACAAUGACAUUGCUUUGAGCAUCACCUUCAUGGGCAUCUUCACAGGUUCCUCACCCAAUGAAGCUGCUCUGGAAGCAGCCCAGGAUCUGAUCCAGUGCGCUGUGGACAAGGGGUACCUGACCACCAACUACUUGCUAAUGGGCCACAGUGAUGUGUCCAAUACCCUGUCCCCUGGACAGGCAUUAUACAACAUCAUCAAGACGUGGCCUCACUUCAAGCACUGAAGGAGGGUCCUAGCCCAUUCUGAGGAUGCUGUUCCUCCUGCUGGGUAUUCAUCCUCACCUUCCAUGUUAGAUUAGCAUCAUUGUUCUCUCAUUUCAAAGCUUUACCUUGUUCAUUUCCUGGGUUAAGAUGACCAUAUCUUUUCUUGGUGACAUCCACCACUGCCCCCCAAGUUUUGUACACAUAGUCCUGUACUGUCUUCUCAGCCAAGUGAGGUUCCCUAGUUAUCUGCCCUUCUGCUUGGUACUUGGGCAUCUGUGGUUUGUCUGGCAGCUUCCAUUGCUCGUGCACAGCCCAGACAGGGUGCCCUUCCCUCCUCUGCUCACACAGCCAUGUGUGUAUGUGUGAGUACUCCUUUUAUUUAAGGGUUUAGGUUGCUUGCAGGUAUAUCUAUUCUCUUCUGGUUUGUGAAGUUCUUCCAGGGCAGCAGAUGAGUUUUCUCACUGCCAGGUAGCCAAUGCCAGCUCUGUGAUCUGUGUUUAAAUACUAGUAGAUAUUAUAGACUUUUGUUGGAGAAAUGGACAAACAAGUUAAAGACCCCAGUCCUUCUCCAAGAGUGUGCCAUCAUCCCUCUGUGGAAUCCCUGAGGAAAGCACCCCCUCCUCCCAUUGUUCUCUGCCCUGGCACUUCUUGGUUGGAGACUCGGAACUGGCUGUGGUGACGUGUCCAUAGCAGAUGCUGCGUCUCCAGGGUUCCGUGCCACUGUAUCCACUGAGUACUCUGUGUGCCAGAACCACAAGCUUCUCCAAGGCCAAGGCAGACCUGUGCCAACACUUGCUACCCUGUGCUGUGGUCUGCCUGUGUCUGGACUGACCCUGGGGUUCUGCAACUCACCAUACCCUCGUUCUUUGUUGUGUUUAUUGGAAACUCGAGGCAUUGUUUUUCUCUGGGUUAUUCUGCAAAACGGAAGGGAGAGUAAGAGGGAAACGGGAAUAUAUAUAAAGGAAUAUAAUGUAGAGAGUGUCUUGUUAGUUUGAUUAAAUAAUGUUUGGUCUUGUUUUAUAUGCUUUUGUUGCUCUUAUUUUUAAUAAAAAUAAAUACAAAAGCUCUCACUCUUUUUUCCCCCUCUCAUUUUUGCUGGGGACUGAACCUGGAGCCUCACACAAGCUACACACUGAACCACUUUCCUCGUCUUGAAGCUCAUACAUUAACACAGGAGUUUUGUGCUUUUUCCAAACAAUCAGUGACCUUGGUUUCCUUGUCUGCAUUUGCUAUCAGCCUAUUUGUGUAGAGUGCGGGGGGGGGGUCUCCCUAUUCUUCAAGGGCAGGGCAGCCAUUUGUGUAGAGUGCGGGAGGCGGUCUCCCCAUUCUUCAAGGGCAGGGCAGCCAUUUGUGUAGAGUGCGGGAGGGGGUGUCUCCCCAUUCUUCAAGGGCAGGGCAGCAAUUUGUGUAGAGUGCAGGGUUUCUCCCCAUUCUCCAGGGCCAGGGCCAGGGUAGCCAUUUGUGUAGAGUGCAGGGGUAUCCCCAUUCUUCAGGGGCAGGGCAGCAUGGUCAGAUUUGGGGUUUCCUCUUGUCUCCUUCAGCAGGAGGACCUGGCUCCAGGCCAGAGCCUCCCAGAUACUCUUUCUCCAACGUCCUGCCAGUUAUGAACCCUCCACUGUAGAGACUGAGGGCAGGGUCACGUGUUCUAUUUCUCCUCUGCUCUGCUGAAGGAGGUAAGUACACAAAGAGAGACACGGGACUUCUGGAAAAAUGAGAUGGAUCUCUCCAGAUCUCCAGAGCUGAGGCAAAGUGCUGUUAUUCUUGGGGAAGCAGGAGGUAAGAGGCCCUUUGUUUCCUACCUUUUUGGGUGUGGGACCAGUCUUUCUCCCUCCCUUCACUGUCUCCAUCUCUUUAAGUUCUUCCCCAAUCCACAUGAAACAUAAUUAUAGGACUGAGUUGCUGACAUUUUAAAGGAGUAAGUCACAAAACAAUCCCAAAACAGUUUGGAAUUAUGAUUAAUAAAAGGGUUAUUUAUUUAAAGGGAAAAACUUACAGAUCACUGUCCUAGACAACAGCCCCCUGCAUGACCAGGAAAAGCGUCUGGUAUCCAGAAGCGGAGUCUGAAGCAAGAGAGGUAGAAUGUGGCUACUGCUGCUUUUUCCAGCCAGAGAGACCACACCCAAGUGGACUGGUAUCUUAAAGACUAUUGGCUGAAGGAGAGGAAGGAGCUCCCACAGCAACAUUUUCUAUGAGUUCAUUUAUUCCUUCAUAUACCAUCUAAUUAAAAAUAAGUUAUUGAUUGUUAGAUGAUUGUAGUUUUGGAGUCAUUUUCCAGCUCUAUAGAUUCAUUCUCUCCUCUACAUCCUGCGGUAGAGAAGGAGCUCUCUGUGUCUCAGCUCUUCCCUGAACAUCUGUUCUAGGGACGGCAGCAUUAUGCAUCUCCUAGGUUGUGGAGUUGACCCUGACGCCUCAUGUGAAGUGUUUCAGCCAGGGCCCAGCUGGUGAGCCCUCGCUGUUGCUAUGUUGUUAUCGUGGUCUUUCCCACUCCUGUCUGACUCUGCUUCUUGGACAGCAGCUUCGACUUCCCUGUAAGAGUUUACUGUUGUCUGUGUUGGUGACUCAGCUGCAGCCAUAUGAGACAUAGAGGAAGAGAGCAAGGCCUGGUCACACAAGAGAGCAGGUGUGAAGACACCCACGAUGACAGGUGCAGUGAAGGCUGAGUCUCCCUCUUCAUGGACAUUAGUGCUGGCAGAUUAAUAAGUAUUUAUAUAUCCUCAUUGUGUAGUCUUGAACCUGCUGUAGGUGCUGCAGGCAGCAUUCACUGGAGUCACAUGCGGUGACAAGUUCAGAACAACUCUGCACACUCUGACUCAAGAGCCCAGCCCACAGAGACCUCUCAGUGCAACACCUGUGAGCCCUGCCAGAACUGUCUCCAUGAAGUUCAUCACACACUUGAUGCCGAAUGAACUGGAACAAGAUGCCUCUGAAGGGCAGAGCCAUGUAGACUCUAAGGAGAAGAAGGCUGUGCUUAGAGCUGACUGAUGGUGCGCAACCUCCAAAGCCAACAGGUGCUGCAGCAUGGGGAAUCUGCCUUCCCAAUGAUGAACUUAAAUUUUCUGUGCCUUUGUUCAUUCGUUAAUAAAUGGUGAUUAUAUGCCCCCAAAUGUUGUUAUAAAAAGUGAAAAGCAUGUGA